AUGGCCUUUCAGGACCUCCUGGAUCAAGUUGGAGGCCUGGGGAGAUUCCAGAUCCUUCAGAUGGUUUUCCUCUGUAUCUCCAGCCUCAUAGUCAGCCCUCACAUCCUACUGGAGAACUUCACUGCAGCCAUCCCUGGUCAUCGCUGCUGGGUCCACAUCUUGGACAAUGACACUGGCUCUGCUAAUGACACUGGGACCCUCAGUCAAGAUGCCCUCCUGAGAAUCUCCAUCCCACUGGACUCAAACCUAAGGCCAGAGAAGUGUCGUCGCUUCAGCCACCCCCAGUGGCAGCUCCUCCACCUCAAUGGGACCUUCACCAACAUGAGUGAGCUGGACACAGAACCCUGUGUGGAUGGCUGGGUAUAUGACCGAAGUACCUUCUCCUCCACCAUCGUGACUGAGUGGGACCUGGUUUGUGAUUAUCAGUCACUGAACUCAGUGGCUAAAUUCCUACUCAUGGCUGGAAUGCUUGUUGGAAGUGUCAUAUAUAACUAUUUAUCAGACAAGUUUGGGCGAAAGAUGACUCUCGGGUGGUGUUUGCUCCAGCUCACCAUUGCUGACACCUGUGCAGCCAUUGCUCCCACCUUCCUCGUUUACUGCUCACUGCGCUUCUUGGCUGGGCUUCCUGUCCCAGCCAUAAUAGCAAACACUACUAUACUUGUUUUAGAGUGGACGGUGCCCCAAUUCCAAACCGUGGGAACGGCACUAGUAAUCUGUGCCAGUGGUGCUGCGCAAAUGCUCUUAGGAGGUCUGGCUUUUGCCAUUCGAGACUGGUGCACCCUUCAACUGGUGUUCUCUGUGCCAUUAUUUGUCAGCUUUCUGUUUUCAAGGUGGCUGGCAGAGUCUGCUCGGUGGCUGAUUAUCACCAACAGACCCGAGGAGGGCUUAAAGGAGCUUAAAAAAGUUGCGCACAGGAAUGGAAGGAAGAAUGCUGGAGAUACCCUAACCAUGGAGGUCCUGAGAUCUGCCAUGCAGGAGGAGCUGGAGGCAGCACAGACCAAACUUUCUGUGUUUGACUUGUUCCGCACACCCAACCUGCGUAAAAGGAUCUGUCUCCUGUCCUUUGUGAGACUUCUAACCACCACAACAGUUUUUGGCCUGUCCCUCCACCUCCAGUUUGUGGGGGAAAACAUUUUCCUACUCCAAAUUCUCUUUGGCGUAGUCCAACUUCCAGGCAAUUAUGCUGCAGUUUUAGCACUGAAUCACCUGGGUCGCAGAGUAAGCCAGAUGGUCUUCAUAUUUCUGCUGGCUGCUUCCAUUCUCUUCCUGAUCUUCAUACCCCAAGAAAUGCAGACCCUGCGUGUGGUCACAGCAACUUUGGCAGUAGGAGUUUCUUGUGCCGCAUUGUCCAGUUGUCUUUCUCAUGCAUUUGAACUGACUCCUACUGUACUCAGGGUAACAGCUCUGGGAAUCAUAGGAUUUGCUUCUGCUACCGGGACGGCCCUGGCUCCCCUCUUGAUGAUCCUAAGUGUGUAUUCCCCACACCUGCCCUGGAUCAUCUACGGAGUCUGCUCCAUCCUCGGUGGCUUUGUUGUCCGACUCCUUCCUGAAACCAGGAAUAAGCCUCUGCCCGACUCCAUCCAGGAUGUGGAAAAUGAAAGAAAAGAUUCAAGGGAAGCAAAGCAGGAAGAAACCUUCAUGCAAGUGACACAGUUUUAA